GUAAGUGAUGGAGUUUACAAUAAUAUCAGCUUAACUUGGCAAACUUCGUGGUACUCAAUGGCACUUUCGCAAUUUCAUCUCUCCAACUCAUCCCCGCGUGGAAACUAAUCCCGCACUGUGUGUGUGCGUGCGAGUGAGUGUGUGUGUGAGAGUGUGAGAUUUCACCUGCCAUGUCUCUACACACUGCUCCAGACUGCUGCGACGCACCUGUGCUGCAUUUAUACCGAAGAAGUGAGAGCGGGGAUGACGAUGACAGAAGGCUGAAGAGAAGAGAGAAGAACCGCGUGGCUGCGCAGAGGAGCCGUAAACGCCAGACACAGAGAGCUGAUGAGCUGCAUGAGGCUUAUGAGUGCUUGGAGCAGCAAAACAGUUUGCUGAAGAGGGAGGUUCAGCUGCUACUCGAGGAACAGAGAUCCCUGGCAGAGGCUCUCAAACUACAUGAGCCUCUGUGUCCUGUCCUAAACAGCAACAUACUCUCAACCCCAAGACCCACUGAUGGAAUUCCUCCCUGAGUUCUCUCAUCCCUAAACCAGAUAAUAGUAAUAGCAAUUUACUGGCUUCCUCAUGUGGGUGUGCAUGUCAUUACCUGGGAACAACAUUUUUAAAUGCAUCUAUGUUUGCAUAAAUAGUACAGUUUUCCUGCUAAUUUCAUGUGAAUUGAUCAGCAUAUUUAAACUGAUUUAGUAUCAGAUUACUACUUUCCAACAGACUUUUCCAUAAGAUUGUCAAAUCAGUGUUUAUCAGUGUGACACAUUGUACUUUGAUUUAAUUCUGACUCUGCAGGAAAUUAUGUCAACAUUCUGUAUUUAAACAUGUGAAAUAAACUCUUUGGUUCUAGUAGACCACUUAACCACCAACCGUCUGUCUGGUACACCACUGUUUAGUUCAGCACCUUUGGAGGCGUGCCAUGAGAAUGAACACUUCUGCUUUAGACCACAGGCUGCCUAACCAAAAAUACCCUUAUAGGUUUCAGGAUUUCAUGUUGACUGUGAUGCAAUGAUGGUUAUGACGCUGAAUUGUUUUUUUAUUGGUACAUCUGUUCUUGACAGGAAUUGCAUUAUACAUUACACAUGAGUGUUUCUGUUGUGUUCCGUGUUGUUUUUUUGAAGUCAUGUGACCUGUGUAUGUGUUUGUAUAUGUUUUAUGCAGGCUAUAGAAUGUAUACACAAAUUAAUAUAUUUUAAUGUAAUGAAUCAACUGACCGUACAAAGAUGCAGCAAAACUACAAAAGUGGAUUUGCAUUAGCGUAUAUAUAUUUUUUUGUUUUAAAAUGUUCAACUUAAUAAAAAAUACUGGAAAUACAAGACUCUGAUGCAAUGAUUAAAUAAAAGUACAACGGUAUACAGGUAGGGAUCGAUGUACAUGUUGGACAUUCUUCUAUGUCAAUAGAUCUAUGUUAUGUUUGGGAGGAGUCCGGUGUAUCACUUCUCUAAACCUAAACAGUUAUACACAUUCUAAGAGUAUGAACCUUAGACACUUCUUUGUUUCUCUUCCAGUUUUCUCUUCUCAUUCGAAAAGUCCAUGAACUGGACACUGCUCAGGUUACUUUCAUUUCCAGGAAUAAGUAUUCAUGGAAUGUAAACUCAGACCACACUUUGGACGUAUAAAAUGGACCCGUUUCCAGCAUCCAAAACACAUUUCCACUGAAACUGAUAUAAUAAUCAUGUAAACACA